AUGCUGAGUACGAGAGAUGUACAAGUUGUUCAGGUUGUCUUAGAUGGGAUUUCAAACAUAUUGGCAGCAGCCGGUGACAAUUUGGAUCAAGUUACAACUGCAAUUGAAGAGUGUGGUGGAUUAGAUCUUAUUGAAUCUCUUCAAGAGCAUCAAAAUAUGGACAUUUACCGCUUGGCAUAUGAUAUAAUUGAACGCUAUUUUAACGAAGGGGUGCGUUUAUUUUUUCGAGUGAAAUAA